CUAAAAAUGUUUCUAAAAUGCCAACAUUCAACUUCUAAACCAAUUUCUACAUUAUUACUCUUCCUCACAAUAUUUCUAUUCCUACAUUCCGUAACUCCUCUUGGAUUCGGAGGAAUUUUAGGCGGAACAGGCGGAGGAGCCUGCUCAACUUCAAGCUGUAAUUGCCAACCUGUAGCACAACAAGCACCACCACCCGUUCCUGUAUGCUCUCCACAACUUCCCCCGCCUCCAGCUCCUUUAUGUGCCCCAGCAUUUCCUGCUUUACCUACGUUACCUCCACUUCAACCUUUGCAAUUCCCCCAACUUCAAUUACCUACAUUCGGUAAUAGUUUUGGUUGUUCGUCGUGUUCCUCAAAUGUUGCGGCCGCUCCUCUACCACCACCUCCCCCACCUCCUCCUGCACCUUUGUGUUCAUCCGGCUGUUGUGGCUCUAGCAAUGCCAAUUGUAAUCCUCCAAAUAACAAUCAGGCAGCCUAUGCCAACAAUAACCGUCACAACAACAACAAUAAUAAUCAAGGAGGAUAUUCAGAAAAAUUUUAAAAGAUAGAAAAGAGCAAUUCAGGAUUUGAUG